AUGGGCAACUGCACUGUUAAAGGCAACGCGGUGGGCUGCUCCCCCCGAGAAGCCGCCUCCGCCGCGAACUGCUCGGUGCGCAGGGCCGCCGUCGUUGCCCCUUGCCCCGGCGGCGGACCGGUCCGCGUUGUGACGGGCUCCGGCGGGGUGUUGGAGUUCGAAGGUCCCGUCGACGUUGGGGAAGUCCUCAAGGGCUACCCCGGGUACGGAAUAUUCCGGCGUGGCGCCGCCGUGUCUCCGAUGUUCCACUGGGAGCGCCUCCACCACGGUCGGCUGUAUUAUCUCCUCCCCCUGCACCGGAAGCGGGCAGGGCGAACUGCGGUGGCGGCGUCUGGCGGCGACCCUUCUCUCUCUAACCUAGAGGUUCUGCCGCCGGUGAUGAAGGGAGUGUGGAGGGUUAGGGUUGCGAUGGACGCUGAGGAUCUGGCGGCCGUCUUCGCGGAGGAGGUGGACAUCGAGGCCCUCAUCGAGAGAAUGAGGGUGCUCGCCGCCACCACGAGGGGCCUUGCCGGUGCAACCAAGUCAUAA